AUGGGCCUCCGAAACUGGAUUACGCGACCUAUAAAAGGCCAUCACAUUGGCGUCGAGGACCUAACUGCCGGAGGAAGCGGAAUUCCUGAAAUAAGAAGGCGGCGAUGGACACUGGCCACAAUCGAUGCCGCGCCCUUUCAGAUAUGGGUGGUUGUAGUCGCCGGUAUAGGGUUUCUGACCGACGCCUUUGGUCUGUUCGCGCUGAAUGUCGUCACACCGAUGCUGGGAUACGUAUACUGGCCACAUAACCCCCAGAGUGAUACUCCAUCGGUAAAUUCAGAAGUAAAGACUGCGAUGAUGUGCUCAACGCUCGCUGGUACAAUGAUCGGACAGAUAGGAUUCGGCUUUGCCGCAGAUAGGCUGGGCAGACGAAAAAUGUAUGGACUUGAACUGGUCAUCAUCAUAGUCGGUACGAUGCUGCUGCUGAUGAGCUCCAAUGGCGAAAAGAACAGUAUGGCUAUUGGGGGGUGGUUAAUUACUUGGCGAGCAAUCAUGGGCAUUGGCAUUGGUGCUGAUUGUCCCCUCAGCGCUGUGAUCACGGCCGAGUUUGCGCCUCGAAAACACCGCGCGAGGAUGUUGAGCUGGGUCUUCUUCGCUCAGCCUGUAGGGCAGCUACUUGCCAAUGUCUUAUCGCUAGCGGCCGUGGAAGCAUACAAGCCAUGGAUCGAGAAAGUUGGACCGGCAUGUAAAGACAAUGACUUCGAAUGUUUCCGAGCCAUCGACCGGCUCUGGAGACUGGUCAUAGGUAUCGGGGUCGUGCCAGCUACCAUUGCUCUUGUCUUCCGAUUUACCAUCCCGGAAAGUCCACGGUAUAUGCUGGACAUAUUGCAGAAUACAAAGGGCACCCUCGAAGAUACCGCAAACUAUUUUGGCGCGCCCGAGGUAAAUCCAGAGAACGGUGAAGCCGAGAUGUCCGAUAUACUACAGCAUGCAGCCCCAACACGCCCGAUAUCAUGGCAUUCAUCCAACUGCUCCGAAAUCGCACCGGAUGAGAUUGUCCACAGCGAUGACGAAUCUAUCCAUCGCAUAAGCAAUGAACAAAGCCGUCCGAAUGCCUUGCAGGCCACCCAACCAUCGCCUGGUGAUCCUGACUUUGUUCCUCCACUCGCUUCGUGGGCAGAUGCGAAGAAAUUCUUCAUAACUGAGAAGAACUGGCAAUAUCUUCUGGGAACUUCUCUAGCCUGGCUGUUCCUUGAUUUUGCGUUUUACGGAUUAGGACUUUCAUCGCCGAAAAUCGUUAAUCACAUCUGGGAAGCAGAUCCUGAUAAGAAGCAAUCAGUAUAUGAAAGCUUGAGUGGCAACAGCAAGCACACCCUGGUCAUGGUCUCGAUUGGAACAGUCGUGGGCGGGCUCUUGAUGAUCAAACUCGUCAAGUAUGUCUCGCCAAAGGUCAUCCAGUUUUGGGGCUUCGUGGUUCUUUUCGUCCUCUUCAUAGCAACAGGAAGUGCGUGGACGACACUAUUGGAUAACAGUCGAUCUGGCCUCAUUAUCCUGUAUGUGCUCAGUCACAUUGCGUUCAACCUCGGACCGAACGUAACAACCUUCAUCAUUCCUGCUGAGAUUUUUCCGACAAGGUACCGCUGCACAUGCCACGGUAUAGCUGCAGCUAGCGGGAAGCUGGGCUCAUGGGUCGUCCAGAUCUUCAUCGCCUACGCCUUUCAGUCUGAUAAGAAGGGCCAGGGCAAUCUCAAGUGGGAGGAACGCAGGGAUUUUGGCCACGUCCUGCAGGUUAUGAGUGCGUUCAUGCUUGCUGGUGCCGUAACGACUUAUUUUCUGGUUCCCGAGACCAGGGACCACGACAAUAAGAGCCGGACCCUGGAGGUGUUGGCAUGUGGCAAGAAGAUGAUUGAUGAGCUUAAUCGUCAACGGAAGAAGGAGGACGAAGAUGAAUGA